AUAAUGCAUCUGAAAUGCGACGACGACCCUGUUCGACCGGGGGACGAGUUACAGAUCAAUCCCGCAGUAGGCGAGGCGGUAAUUUCGGAAAUUCAUGUUGCUUAUGAAUCGCGUUAUCUUAGCAAUAGUCGCGAAAAAAAAAGCGUACCGGAUUUCGAGAUGGUGAUUGCACUUAAACAUGAACAACUCGUAAGUGCGCGCGCGCGAAAGCUGUCGCUUCCCGACAAGCGGGCAUUGCAGGAAAUCUUGGACGAGCUCCUGGCGAGGGGUAUCAUUCGAGCUAGCGAUUCGCCGUAUGCGAGCCCGAUAGUAUUAGUAAAAAAGAAAAACGGCAGUUUGCGACUGUGUGUCGAUUAUCGCGAUAAAAUCACAAUACGCGAUAAUUUCCCGACUGAGCUCAUAGACGAGCUCAUAGAACAAUAUUGAUCUCUUAAAUGGUAAAAGAUAUUUCACGAUUUUGGACUUGAAGGAUGGAUUUCAUCACGUGAAAAUACACGAGGCAUCCGUGAAGUUUACCUCGUUUGUGACGCCUUCACAAAAUUUAUUCGAAUUUAUCCAUGUAAGUCGACGACAACGGAGGAAUCGGUGGGCCAUCUCCGCGAUUAUUUUCGGGCGUACAGCCGACCGAAGCGAUUGAUCUCGGAUAGGGGUACGUGCUUCACGUCAGAAUCGUUCAGGGAGUUUGUUAGAUCAGAGACAAUCGAGCACAUACUGAUUGCCGUGGGCACCCCGAGAGCGAACGGCCAGGUGGAAAAAUUCAAUAGAGUAAUAGUGCCGAUGCUGGCGAAAUUGAGUGAGACGCCCUCCGGCUGGGACCAUGCAGUAGAGAAAGUUGAAUAUGCUCUAAACAAUACGAUUAGUCGCGCGACGAAUAAUAUACCAUCCCGAUUGUUAUUUGGCCUUGAGCAAAAAGGUCCGUUCAACGACGCCGUGCGCGAGAAGUUGAGUGAGGAUGCCGGACUGGAGCGCGAUCUCGAGUCAAUGCGGGACCGGGCGCGAGCCAGUAUCGAAAGGGCACAGUGCGAGAGUACCGAGCGAUAUAAUCUUAGACGAAAGGCAGCGCGUAGAUAUCAGGUUGGCGAUUACGUGGAGAUCCGAAAUUCUGAGACUGCGGUCGGAAUUAAUAAAAAACUAAUACCCAAAUUUAAGGGCCCUUACGUAGUGAAGAGGGUCUUAGACUUUGAUCGAUACGUUGUAGCGGACAUUGAUGGUUUUCAGCUAACACAGCGACCGUAUACAGGAGUGGUAGCCCCUGAUCAAAUGCGACCGUACCUAAGACCUUGACUGACACAGCGAAUAGCGUGUAUCUAUAUAUAUGUCGAUUUUAGUUAGCAUGACGAAUGUAAUUGUUUGUUAUAUUUAAUGCUGUAAGCAAAGUAAAUUAAUUUCCUCUA